CACAUUUUGUUUUUGUGUUAAAGAAGAUAAAAAGGAUACUACAAUGGAAUUCCAAAAAUUUGUCAUAAUUCUGUUAUGCAUUUCGUGUCAUGCAAAUGACUUCUCAGACACGAAACAAUUGAAACCAAAUGACGUCGAUUCAACCACAGAAUUUAAUGAACCUCCAGAAGGAUAUUACGCCUUCGUAAAGUCGCCGAAUGCAGAACCGCCUAAAGUGAGGCCACCACCUUAUAUAGACAGCGACAAAGAAUGCUAUGAUACCGGUAAACAGGGGAAAGGUUACGUUUCUAUACAUAAUAUUUGCGGAGAUCUUAAUAAGGGUUAUAUACCACGAAAUCCUAUGAAUCAAUAUUUCAAUGGUUCGUCGUAUCCUUUUGCACUACUGAAAAAUCACACGUUGAAAUUUUUGAGCAAAGCGUUACCCAUACUCAAGGCCGACGAUUCAUUGCCGAAGGUUGCCACAGUUCAAUCUUACUCCCAGAAUUCUGUCAAUACUGAAGAGAAACGAAGCAGAAGCAAACGAUCGUCCGAUUCAGAAAGCGCUUUGGACACUCUUAGAAAUGGUCGUAAAUUUUGUGAAAAUGGUGGCGGAGUGGUUUGCAUGCUGUACAAAGCGAUACAAGGCGAACCAUUGGCUACCUCAGCAGCUGAGCGCCGUGACGAGCCCUCUACCCCUGAGUACCGUCAACGAACACCACCACAGGAGAAACCAGAGUAUACAGGUCCACCCACUCCUUGUCCAGCAAAAGUGGAAUAUGCAACACCAGUAUUCGCCAAGAACUAUCAAGGAGUUUGGCGAUAUGUUGUACAAAUCCCUUAUGAGGGUUACUUUACACAGACUAUUGAAGUAACCAGAUGCAUGCAAUCAAGGUGUCAUUAUUUAGAUGGAGGUUGUCUGUCAUCACCAAGGUGGACUAGUUUACUAGUAGCAGAGAUUUUCUAUCCUGAUACAUUCUUGGAAGAAAAUCAGAAUUCUAGGUUCAGCGGACUGAGGGACACUGCCGGUUCACCACCACCUGUACACGAUUUCCAGAACUAUCAGCAGUAUUUACAAAAGCGUGCUGGAGAGAAUGAGGCUCGCAACAGCGGAUCGCAACAUCAUUGCGAUGGCGUUGACGAAAUGGGUUGUUUCCAGGUGAGAUUAUAUUACGACUGGUUCCUGGUGCCAGGAAGCUGCAAGUGUUGGCGUCCCGAUUAUUUCAACCGCUACGUCCGGCGAAGCGGCUCGAAUGUUGAAUUGUGAUGAAAGCUUCGCGUAUCAGAUCGUACAAAUGAGCAAGAAAAUAUGUUCGUGAUAAAUUUCAAUCGAUAAGUCCGAUUUUGUAAGAUUAGAUCUUGCGAGAAAAUUUUAUUACUUUAACCGCUGAUCAGUCUACUAUCUGUUCCAUAACAAAAUAUGACUACCGUUUCCAAUUAUUAACCGCUAACAAAAAUUUAGAAUUAGAUUAUUUUUAAAUAA